AUUUUUAAGAUUUGCUAGUGACGAGUACCUAUAAAUUGACAGCGAAGGACUAAUCUAACCUUUUGCCCUUCCACGUCCGCCGCUGCCUCUACGAAUCUUCAAGAGCUACGGUGGCCACCGAAACAAAAAUGAAAAUGGUCUCUGGUCCAGUUUCGCUUGUUCUUUCUCUACCCAAUUUCAUCCUUGAAUCUCCAGGGUUUCAUUUAUCUCCUCUGAUAUCGAUUUGAAUCAUCUGCUCUCCGGUAUUUUCUCAUCUCCGUUUCAUCCCCUGUAAAACCCUCGUAUUCACCGACGAAUCCUCGCAAAAUCCGGCAUUUUUAUCGCAAUCGGCGGCUCCGUAGGCAAUCCCGGUUGUUCUCAUGCAAAUCCCGCAUCUGGGUUCUCAUCCAAUUGUUCGGAAACAUCGGUCUGGUUUCUCCGCGUUCAGCUUUAGGGUUUUGCUAGAUCAUUUGAAUUGUUGCAAUCUGGGUUAGGCUAUCGAAGCUGUCUCCUUGAGCUUUCAAUCUUCCGCCAUGGACGACGGCGAGGUUGAUUUCUCGCAGCAGGAAGUGUUCUCCAGCACAAACAUGCCGGAGAUUCCGACCAGCGGCUCGAUGGACAGUUUCUUCGACGAGCUGCUCAGAGAUAGCCAUGCGUGUACUCACACGCACACCUGCAACCCACCUGGUCCCGAUUACUCCCACACUCAUACUUGCUUCCAUGUGCAUACCAAAAUCGUCUCGGGUUCGUCAGAUGAUAAGCAUGGCAGCGAUGACACUGCUGAAUCCGUGGAUAAGAAGUCAAAGAAGCGGCCUUUGGGCAACAGGGAGGCGGUGAGGAAGUACAGAGAGAAGAAGAAGGCGAGGGCUGCGUCUUUGGAGGAUGAAGUUGUGAAAUUGAGGGCUUUGAACCAGCAGCUGAUGAAGAGGGUACAAGGGCAGGCUGCGUUGGAGGCAGAGAUUGCCAGGCUCAAGUGUUUGCUUGUUGAUAUUCGAGGAAGGAUCGAAGGGGAGAUCGGGUCUUUUCCCUAUCAGAAACCUGCUGCUACUGCUAACUUGAAUUUAACCAAUCCAAGUGGGCAGGGUGCUUAUGUGGUGAACCCUUGUAACAUGGUAUGUAAUGAUCAAGCGUAUUGCUUGCAUCCUGGGAUGGAUGAUGGGAAAGGAUUAGCAGAAGGUGUGGCUGUAAAUGGGCAAGUCUACACUGGUUGUGACUUUGAGAAUCUUCAGUGCAUGGUGAAUCAGACUUCUGGCUUCAACGAUUUUUCGGUCUGUGGUGUCGGGAAUGCCGUUGCUGCAAAUGGAAGUUUGCCUGGCUCAAGCAAGAGAAAAGGUGAGCGAAUCCAGCAAGAGUUUCUUGAAGAGACAUCCAGCAGGUGCUGUUUCUGAUAGCAAUGCGCGCUUGUUGUGCCUGCCUGCCUGCAAACGUCUCCGUUUGUUGAGCAGAAGGCAGCUUCAGCAAAUCAGCUAUCACAGGUUGCAUAUUUUGGGUUUUGUUAUUUCAAUCUUUUCUGUCAGCUAGUUUUUUCUUUUCUGUCUUUCCCCGGAUGAGUUUUAGGCUCCAUCUUUUUGUUCAAUGUACCGGGAUUCUUUCAUUUCGUCUUCAGUCUGAAGAAUGCUUUGUAAAGUCAGUUCCUUAAUGUGCCUGUAGCUAUAGGUUGGACUCGAGUAGUAGGGAUGAAUGUUACUCUUUUUCCUUGUUUGGUCCUAAUAAUUUAACAAAAUAAAAUCCCCCCUCUUCUCAACUGGCAUCAACGAGUGUGAUUAGGUGUGCUAUUUGUAGAUUGAACCUAUGCUGUUAUUUGCUGUCCUGUUGUUGAACUAGAGCAUAAGGUGAUGUUGGUCUGUGUAGUUAGUGACAUGCACAACUCACAGGACCUUUGUUUUCCAUUGGAUGAAGCAAGAAAGCAAGCCCUGCGGUGUCUGAAGAUUGUGACCACCCUGUGUUCAUGAUUCUAAUGCAUUUUCUAUGUAGCUUCUUAAACGAUGCUUAUUACAUUGUUCUUUG